AGCUUUUAAGCUGUGUAUCACCUCCACCACCUCUCCAGUCUCUCUCUCUCUCUCUUCAUUCUCCCUUUUCAACACUCCUCGUAUCUCAUUCCUCCUUUCCCGUUUUUUUAAAUUUCCCGGCAUACCCUUCCCCCCUAAAGCUCCCUCCUUUUAAAUCCCUAAUUAUUCCUUCCCCUAAUUUCAUUCCAAAGUCUCGACUUUUAAUCUCUCUGAUCAUAUGCCUACGUAGCAAAAGGCUCCGACUUUAGGGUUCUUGAUUGGUAAAGAUGCUUCCUUGGGGUGGAUUGAGCUGCUGUCUGAGCGCUGCUGCUCUCUAUCUUCUUGGCAGAAGCAGUGGCAGGGAUGCUGAUAUUCUUAAGACCGCCACUCGGGUUAGCCAGUUGAAGGAAUUGGCUAAAUUGUUGGAUUCUGAGUCUAUAUUACCAUUGGUGGUUGCGAUUUCGGGGAGAGUUAGCUCUGAUACUCCCAUCUCUUGUGAGUUCAGUGGUUUGAGAGGUGUAGUUGUAGAAGAAACGGCAGAACAACAUUUUCUGAAACACAAUGAUGCUGGAUCAUGGAUACAGGAUUCUGCUUUGAUGCUGUCGAUGAGUAAAGAAGUCCCGUGGUAUCUGGAUGAUGGGACUGGUCGUGUGCAUGUGGUAGGAGCUCGAGGUGCCACAGGCUUUUGUUUGCCGGUUGCAAGUGAGGUAUUUGAAGAGUCAGGGCGAUCCCUUGUACGAGGAACAUUGGAUUAUCUUCAAGGCCUCAAGAUGCUUGGAGUCAAACGAAUUGAAAGGGUAUUACCAACUGGUAGUUCUUUGAGUGUUGUUGGCGAGGCUGUUAAAGAUGACAUUGGUACCAUUCGAAUUCAACGGCCCCACAAAGGACCAUUUUAUAUCUCCCCCAAAACCAUUGAUCAGCUCAUUGCAAACCUAGGAAAAUGGGCAAGGUUGUACGAAUAUGCAUCUUUGGGUUUGAGCGUGUUUGGUGUUUAUUUGAUCGCUAAACAUUCUGUCCACUACAUCAUGGAAAGAAGGCGUCGUUGGGAAUUGCAGAAAAGGGUUCUUGCUGCAGCUGCUGCUAAAAGAUCCGGGGAAGAUAAUGAAGGUUCAAAUGAAAUAGAUGAUAAUGUGUCAGAUGCUCCCAAGAAAGACCGGCUGAUGCCUGAUUUAUGUGUGAUAUGCCUCGAGCAGGAGUAUAAUGCGGUUUUUGUCCCGUGUGGUCAUAUGUGCUGUUGUACAACCUGCUCCUUGCACCUGACCAAUUGUCCUCUCUGUCGGCGGCGGAUUGAGCAGGUCGUUAAGACUUUCCGCCAUUAAGAUUCUGAUCAAAAUGCUUUCAGCUUCUGUAGCAGAUGACAAAAGAUAGUAGAUCAAUUUUUUGUUGAUCUCAAGGUCCACCUCAUCUGCAAUCUGACUCUGAAAUGUGGUGCAACACUAAGCCCCUCGACUUUUGCUCUGAGUACAUUUCAGCAUGCUCUUGUUUUAUUUCAGAAAAGUUACUGAAACACAGUUCUUUCAAUCCAAUCUCCAAGUUGUACCUUGUAAAUGAUGAGUGGAUGUAUCAUAUUGUUGUAGAUUAGUAUUCAUGUAAAAGGAGAUUGAGAGUGUGCCCUCUCCAUGUACGAGUAUAGGUUAUGCUCUCCCAGGAAAUUACUCCAACAUUACUGUUAUCGAAAAUGUUUAUUCAAAAAAUGUGUUGAAAGUAUCAUUUCUUU